AUUUUUACACCUUCCUUCCUACAAGAUUCACCUCACCACCACCAUCUUCUUCUUCGUCAGAUUUCACCAUUGCCAUCUAUAAUCUCUCAAAUUCGAUCAGUGAGAUAAUCUUCUGGUGCAUCACUCUUCCUGUCUUUUCUGUAACGAAUCCAACAACCAACAACAUGAAGAAAUUGUUAUUCUCUGGAGUUGUGUGGAUUUUGUGCUCAUAUUUUACAUUUUCACAACCACCGAAACUGCAUAAGCAAGAAGUGGAAGUACUUAAAAAAAUAUGGGAAAAGUUAGGAGUGUUGGAGAAGAAAGAAUGGAGUUUGAAUAAGGAUCUGUGCAAUAGCACUGAAUUGGAAUGGGUCUUUGUUCGGUGCAACUGCUCAUUUGAAAGUAAUACCACCUGCCGUAUCACAAAAAUACAAAUAAACUCCAAGAAUUUUUCAACUGCUCUCCCAGUUGAGUUUACCAAGCUUCUGAAGCUCAAAUACCUGGAUCUGAGUUAUAAUAACUUCACUGGAACAAUACCAUCUGAAUGGGCUACUAUGCAGUUGACUGACCUACUCCUCAGGGGAAACCGGUUAUCUGGACCUUUCCCAACAACUCUUACUUCAAUGACCUCCCUAACAUAUCUGAACAUACAUGGAAACGGCUUUUCAGGCCACAUACCUGAACAUAUAGCCAACAUGAAGAAUUUGGAGACUCUUGUAUUGUCUUCAAAUUAUUUCUCGGGAGAGCUCUCGGAUGGAUUUGCAAAUCUUACCAAUUUGAAGGAACUGAAGUUAAGUGACAACAAUUUCACUGGAAAGAUACCUAAGUUUAUUAGCCGGUGGACUAAAAUCGAGACCUUGGAAGUACAAGGUUCUUCAUUUGAGGGGCCCAUUCCUUCUAGCAUCUCUAUCUUAACCCACCUAAAAGAUCUGAAAAUUAGUGAUUUAAAAACACACACUUCAACCUUGCCAUCAGUGGAGAAAUUGAUAAAAUUACGAACGUUGGUACUAAGGAAUUGUUUGAUCCAAGGGUCAAUUCCCAACGAUAUCGGGAAUUUGCCAGAUCUAGAGGUCCUGUAAGUUACUCAAACCAUGUUCCUUGCUUCUAUUAUAUAUAUUAUCACGUAAAGUUAACUUUUAUUAGUAUUAAGAUUUUCUACGUUUUAAAACUAA